CCGCGCGCCCGAGGAGCGGCUCGCGGCGGGCGCGUGGGCGUGGCCGGAUGAAAAAGAUGGCUGCCAAGCAGUCUCCGCCCAAGUUAAUCGGUGGGUGCGCGCCCCCGCGCGGGACGCUGGUUGCUAUGGACGCGUUGGCGGCCGCUGGCGGGAGGGCACGCGCGCGGGGUCUGCGGGGUGCCGCACAGCCUCUUUAUCCCGGGUCCCCGCGGCGCAGGGCCACGCUCACAGCCCGGGCGACACCAUGAAGUCUCUAAAGAAGGACUCCCGCCUCAGAAUACCUGCAAACAAAUUCUUGGAGGCCGCAGAAGUCAUUAAAGAAAAGAAGCGGGCAAAGGUAGCUGAACAGCCUACACCCCCCAUUCAGGAAGAACCUGAGCCUGUUAGCAAUAUCCUACAAGGGGAUGACAUUCUUGCCUUAGCCAUUAAGAAGGAAGACCUGAAGAAGCAACACAUUCCUCGCUUUAUUGAGACACAAGAUAGACCUGCUAUCACCCAGAAAUUUAUCAUCCGUAAACUCAGACCCAAGGAUCCAAAGAGGAAGGUCUGCCGCUUAGUAGCACAUCCUGCUACUCCAGAUGCAGCCACGAAGCCCCUGGACUACUCUGGCCCAGGUGACAGCUUCCAUGACCGUGACCAGAUCCUGCCUCACCACAUCUUGGGGAGUCUCCAGGACUUUAAGAGAAUUGCAGUUGCUCAAGGGAACACCCAGCUGGCUGAGCUGAUACGCACCCCGCCGGGCCUGGUGACCCUCAUCUCUGCUAAAGAAGAGCCAAAGCAGAAAGCCCCAAAAGAAGAGAAGGCACAUCCCUGGGCCCCACCUCCCCAGCACAACUUUCUCAAAAACUGGCAGCGCCACAUCGCCUUGUGGAAGAAGCAGCAGGAAGCCCUCAGUGAACGCCUGAAGAAGCCCGUGAGCGAGCUGCUGAUGCACACUGGGGAGACCUACAGACACAUCCAGGAGGAGCGGGAGCUCAUUGACCGAACACUUUCAACACAGCAUGAUGGGAAGAGCUGUGAAGAGACCAGUGGGUUCUGGAGUCGCCUGGAAUACCUGGGAGAUGAAUUGACGGGUCUGGUAAUGACCAAGACAAAAGCUCAGCGUGGCCUCCUGGAACCGAUCACUUAUGUCAGGAAGCCCCAGUGCAUCCAGGCGGAGAUGGGACUGCUGGCCCAGAAGGAGGCUCCGUACCGCUACACCUGGGAUCGGAGUCUGUUUCUGAUCUACCGACGCACGGAGCUGCAGAAGGUCAUGGCAGAGCUGGAUUUUAGCCAGCAGGUCAGUAUGCCUCUGUGCCGGGUCCAAAGCCCCUCGAGAUGUGCCUGUCUUCAGUCAGUUAAUCUUCCCUUUCUCGGUCUCUCUGAGGAUAUUGAUGGCCUGGAGGUGGUGGGCAGAGGGCAGCCUUUCACGACUGUUAAGGUGGAAGACUAUUCAGUAUUUGGUAGGAGCCAGGAAAGCUCCUCUGAAGACAUGGUGCCCUUAGACUUAGCCAGUUACCCUGAUGUGGUCCCCAUGCCUAUUCUUGGCCCUUCUCUGCUGUUCUGUGGGAAGCCAGCUUGCUGGAUCAGAGGCAGUAACCCACAGGACAAGAAGCACGUUGGAAUUGCUGUCCGCUUGACCUUUGAAACUCUAGAAGGGGAGAAGACAUCUUCGGAACUGACCACGGUCAAUAACGGCACAGUGGCCAUUUGGUACACCUGGCGGCGGCGCUCCCAGCUGGACUCCUUCCAAGACCUGAAGAGAAACAGGAUGCAGCGGUUUUAUUUCAACAAUCGGGAAGGUGUGAUUCUGCCUGGAGAAACGAAAACCUUUACCUUCUUCUUCAAAUCUUUGCAUGCUGGCAUCUUCAGGGAAUAUUGGGAGUUUGGAACCCACCCCACCCUAUUAGGAGGGGCUCCCCUGCAGGUCAAUCUCUACGCAGUCUCCCUGACCCAGGACAUUUUUAGGGAAGAAAGGAAGUUACUGAAGCUCAAGCUGGCUGCCCACGAAGCAGUCACCAUCGUGGAGAGCGUGCUGCAGGAGCUGCUGAGUGGGAUCCUGACCCUGGAGCGUGUACAGUCCCCUGUGGACGCCUAUCUCACUGAGGAGGACUUGUUCCACCAUAGGAAUCCUCGGCUGCAUUACCAGCACCAAGUGGUGCAAAGCCUGCACGGCCUGUGGCGCCAGUUCUUGAACGUGCCCCCCAAGGCCGAGGAGGCCAGGCCCGGCAAGGAUGAGCACCUCAGCCCCGGGGCCCGGGCUGCCGCACCCCGGCCAGCCUCCUUGGAGAAGCCCUCUGUGAGCAGGGAGCCUUCAGCACACUUUAAGAGCCCAGUCCCAGAAUCGCAACCGACCCGGCAGGAGAAUGAGGCCCGAGAUGCUUUUGGGCCCCAGAAGCCUAGAGCGGGGGCCUGGGCUUCUCAUCGGAAGAGCAUUAUGGAGGAGAUCCUGGUGGAGGAGAGCCCAGACCUGGGGAACACCAAGAGCCCCUGGGAGCUACAUGGCCUUCCCCCCACCGAGUGGAAUCUCUGCUUGGAGGAUUUCAGAAAGGCAGUGAUGACACUCCCUGAGGAGAACCAGAGGGAGGACGCCCUCAUCAGGCUCAACAAAGCAGCCCUGGAGCUGUGCCAGGAGCAGAGGCCCCUGCAGUCCGACUUCUUGCACCAGACAUGUUUGCAGCUGUGGCGGGAUAUGAUCGAUGGCCUGGUGAGCCAUUCCCUGUGGCUGAGGGCUCUACUGGGCCUGCCCGAGAAGGAGACCAUCUAUUUGGACAUUCCAGAAGAGCAAGAUCGAAAGUCUCCUCUUGGCACGGAAGUGAAAGUAACCACCACGAAAUUUGGGAAGGAGGACCGGAAAGGGGUAGCCCAGGAAAAGAAGCAGCUGGGAAUCAAAGAGGACAGAAAAGCAGCCAAGUUGCUAGGGAAAGAGGACCGUUCAAACAGCAAGAAGCACAAGGCAAAGGAUGACAAGAAACCAAUGAAAUCUUCAAGUCGGGACGGGCUUUCCUUGGAAGAACCUGCCCCUGAGGGCACAACCACUUCUCAGGAGCCCACAGAUCCCCUGGUCAUGGAGAAGUACACCAAGAGACUGCACACGGAGGUGAGGGCACGAGCCCUGCGCCCAGCCCUGCCCUUGCUCACACCUGCUCUUCGGGCCUUCCUCCCCUCCCUCAUCCGUCCCAUUUAUUCCACGAACAGUCAACACCUAGUGUGUCCGUGCUGGAAGAUGGAAGCAGAGCUGCCCUUGUGA